AUGUCAAUUGGAUCUCACUCGAUCUUCAAAAGAGCCAGUGGGAGCUCAAAGCGAUUUCUCUGUACCUCUCAAGACGGUUCCAAAGUUGUAAUCUAUCAAGAUUCCAGUAUAAGAUGGUGUAACGCUUUUGAUUCCAAAUAUGAAUUUAUGCUAUUAGAACCCACGAUAGAAGAUGUGGAACAUGUGGUUUUGAGUCCAACAGGAACCCUUUUGUUACUUUACAAUUCUAGAGAGGUAAGAAUUGUUGAGAUUCCCUGGGGUUACUCUCAAGUUUCCUAUGAAGGAUUCCAAAAAUUUAGGUAUUCAGUAGACUCUAGACAAGAUCCUCUCAUUAAGAAAGUUUUAUUUCAUCCAUUAGCAUAUCGAGAGCAUUGUAUUGUAAUUUUGAAAACAGACAAUACGAUUCACCUGCUGGACAGAUACUAUCCAUAUGAUAAACAACCAAAACUACUAGUUUUAAACCAACAUGAUGGUGCAUUUGGAAUGGAGGGUCUAGUUACAGAUAUCGAGAGUAUUACGUUCAGUCAAGAUGGAUUAACUCUUUACGCACUGAGUGUUGCUGAAGGUUGUGACAUUUACGCAUUUUAUCCAUGUUUGCCCUGUUCCAUUGAAAUAGAUUCCCACAAAUUGGAUCUUUUAAUGCAUAAAUCACUGGUUCAGUAUGAAAACUUGAGUGUGGAAACUCCUGAUGCCACCAAAAGAAAUACUAUCAAGCAAUUUCAAUUCAUAUCCAAACUACGUCAAGGACUAGAAAAUGAUCAGACUAAAAUCGACAUACCAAUGGAUUGGCUUAGAGUUAGAGGUCAAGGUCCCUUCACCAUUGCACCCUUCCCAGAUAGAUACUACGAUAGGACUGCAGUGCAAUUAAAAAUUCUGCCGAUUGGUGCAAAUAACGAUCUUCUUCUAAUGAGUUUUGAUGAUGGGACUAUCGUCGUCCUUUAUCAAGAUCUAGAAUUGACAAUGUGUUGGGACAGUAAAGGUUAUUCUUAUAAUAAUUCACUAGUUUUGGUAGAAUCGAUAAGAUUAGAAAGAGGUGAGUUAGUAUUGAAGCAAGGAACCUUGAGUCAAUUUUUCGUAUUGGGCGGUACAUCAGAUAUUUAUUUAGUAGACACUUCGCCUUGGUCUAAGAUUUUAUCCAAUUGUAUUGACAACAGUGAUUUAGAACCGAUAGCCGAUUUACAAUUUAAAAGCGAAAUUUCCAAGAUUGAAGGUGUAUCUCAGAUUGAUUCGUAUGCGAUGUGGAAGAAAGAUACCGAACCAAAAGAUGUAUUCGUUUCCAAAGACACUGUUUUUGUUAAAUCAACAGCUGUAAAUGAUCAACCAAGCACCGUCAAAGAUGAAAAGAAGGCAAAUGUCGAUAUCCCCCGUUACGAAGUGGCAUUAAACCAACCUAUGUCAGAAAUAUUGUCAUUAAAUGCUUCAUUCCAGACAGAAGCUAAGAAACCGCUGUCCAAAUUGGUAGAGCCUUCUAAGAGACAAACAAAAUUGAACAAUGAAUCCAAUGAAGAACAAUUAGAAAUUUUGACCACCGUUUCCAAAGAAUUUUUGCAAAAGAUCGUAAAGGCUCAAGCUCUAGGAUUUAAUUUGCAUAACAGAUGCCUUGAACAACAAUACGAGCUUACUCGUCAAUUACAAUACAGUAGUGAAAUUCUGAGUAAACAAGACAAAUUGAGAUCAAAGGCACAAAGCCAAUCAUCAGAGUGUGAAUCCAAAAUACAAAGACAAGACAAGCUUUUACAAAGGUUUAACAGCUUGAGCGAGAAAUUAGGACGGAUUAACGAGUCGCCGAAAUUCAGAGAAAUGAAUAUUACCGAUAAGGAAAUGGCCUGGUUCAAAGAAAUCCGUAACCAGGUGCUUGUGUUCAACCAAUACGUCCAUCAUCAGAAAAACCAACAGGAUCAACUGCGUUAUUUGCAAAAGGAAUUAGAGAACAUUAGCCUGGAAGAUAAAGACGUUGGUGAAAAAUCUAAGAGCGAAUGGACAGAACUACUCUCCAUCUUGGAAAGUGACACAAAGAUAAUCAAAGAAUGUAAUAACCAAUUAGCACAUGCUUCGUCAGAAGUGGGGUUUAGUACUUAA